AUGGCGGCCAUGAAGGAGGUGCUGCGGUUGACCCCCGAGGAGGAGGAAGAGGCAUGCCAGCGCGCACUGCAACUGUCGUCGGUCGUCAUCUUCCCCAUGACCCUCAAGGUGGCCAUCGAGCUCGGCCUAUUCGAGAUCAUCGUCGGAGCUGACCCAGGCGGUGCACUGAGCGCGGAGGAAAUCGCUGCCCAGCUGCCGGCCAAGAACCCGCAGGCGGCCAACUGGGUGGACCGGCUUCUCUGCUUACUCGCUGCCAACGAUGUCAUCACCUGCACCGUCGUCUCCGCCGAUGGUCGCAGUUUGAGGAAGUACAGCAUGAAGCCCGUCUGCAAGUACUUGAUUACGAACGAGGAUGGCUCCAUAGCGAAGUAUGCUUUGUUGGAGCACGACAAGAUCAACAUCGAUAUAUGGCACCACGUAAAGGAAUCGGUGUUGGGCGGUGUUCACCCUGUGGAGGCCGCCUACGGCAUGUCGGCGUUCGACUACAUGGGCACCGAUCCACGGUUCAGUAAGGUGUUCAACGAGGGGAUGCUGAGCCACUCCGGCAUCAUGAUCAAGCAGCUGCUCCGCAACUACAACGGCUUCGCCGGGAUCAACGUGCUCGUCGAUGUCGGCGGCAAUGACGGCGCCACCCUCCGCAUGAUCACCUCCCAGCACCCCCACGUCAAGGGCAUCAACUUCGACCUCCCCCAUGUCAUCUCCACCGCACAACCGAUUCCAGGAGUGCAGCACGUCAGUGGAGACAUGUUCGACAGUGUUCCCUCUGGAGACGCCAUUUUCUUGAAGUGGAUUCUUCAUGAUUGGAGUGACGAUCUCUGUGUGACGUUGCUGAAGAAUUGCCGGAAGAGUCUCCCGGAGAAUGGGAAGGUGUUGGUGGUGGAAUACAUCCGUCCGGUGGCUCCGGCGGCAACUGCACAAGCCCAAUUCGUCUUCCAGUUGGACCUCGUCAUGUUGGCUCACUGCAUCGGAGGGAAGGAGAGAACUGAGGAGGAGUUCCGGGCCUUGGCAACGGAAGCCGGCUUCGCCGGAUUCAAUGCUGCUGCUACGUUUGCGGGUAUGUCGGUGAUGGAGUUCACCAAGUAA